AUGUUAUCGCUAAUAAAAGUUUCUACAACCAGCAGAACUGCAUUUUUCAUCAGAUGUCUUUCUACAACUCAGCCUAAAACUAAAGUCGUCACCACAACUGAUGAAGCUAUUGAAGGUAUUGGGUCCAAUAUAACUUUAUUAUCCGGAGGAUUUGGAUUGAGUGGUGUACCAGAUACUGUUAUUAAUGCCAUGGUGAAUAAUCCUAAUAUUAAUAACGUUACUGCUGUGUCCAACAAUGCUGGAUUAGAUGGUAGAGGAUUGUCCCAAUUAUUGGUUACUGGACAAAUCACCAAAAUGAUCUCGAGUUAUAUUGGAGGAAAUAGAACGUUUGAGAAAUUAUAUUUGACUGGCCAAAUUGAUUUAGAAUUGACCCCACAAGGGAAUUUAGCUGAAAGAGUAAGAGCUGGUGCUGCUGGUAUACCUGCAUUUUAUUCUCCGGCUGGUGUGGGAACAUGGUUGGAAGAAGGUAAAUUACCGGUUAGAUAUGAUGAAUCUGGUGAAAAAGUAUUGAAAUCAAGUGAACCUAGAGAAGUUCGUGAAUUCAAUGGUAGAAAAUUCUUAUUAGAACCAGCAAUCAAUGGUGAUGUUGCAGUUGUCAAAGCAUACAAGGCAGAUACUUUGGGUAAUUGUUGGUUUAGAGGUGCAGCAAGAAAUUUUAACAGUGUCAUGGGUAGAAAUGCAAAAUUGACUAUUGUUGAAGCCGAGCAUAUCGUUGAACCAGGUGAAAUUCAACCUGAAGAUGUCCAUCUACCUGCCAUUUAUGUUGAUAGAGUCAUUCAAUCAACUACUCCAAAAGAUAUUGAAAUUUUCAAAUAUUCAGAAGACGAAUCCUCCACUGAAGACAAACCAAAACUGGAAGCAGAUUUGAAGAGAGAAAAGAUUGUCAAAAGAGCUGCUCAAGAAUUCACCGAUGGUUCAUUUGCCAAUUUAGGUAUCGGUAUGCCAACUUUAGCACCAAACUACUUGCCAAAAGAUAUCCAUGUUACUUUACAAUCCGAAAACGGUAUUUUGGGAUUAGGUCCAUAUCCAAAGAAGGGAGAGGAAGAUCCAGAUUUAAUCAAUGCUGGUAAAGAAACUGUAACUUUAGCACCAGGUGCUUCAUUGUUUGGAUCUGAAGAAUCAUUUGGUAUGAUUAGAGGAGGAAAGAUUGAUUUGACUAUUUUAGGUGGAUUGCAAGUUUCCUCCAAAGGGGAUUUAGCAAAUUGGGGAUUACCAGGUAGAGUUAAAGGUAUGGGUGGUGCCAUGGAUCUUGUUAGUAAUCCAGCUGCCACAAGAGUUGUUGUUGUGAUGGAACAUGUUGACAAAAAGGGAAGACCAAAGAUUCUUGAAGAAUGCAAAUUCCCAUUGACUGGUAAAGAAUGUGUAUCAAGAAUCAUCACUGAUUUGGCUGUCUUUGAUGUUGUUGACGGUAAAUUGAUCAUGAUUGAAAUUGAUCCAAAUACCACUGUUGAAGAGGUUAAGAGUAAAACAGAAGCUGCAUUUGAAAUUUCACCUGAUUUAAAACCUAUUCAAAUUUAG